GUAGCAAACCCCCUGACUGUUGUGAAGGAAUUUGUUUGGUUGUUGCUGCAGCUGACUUUUGAUGACCGUUGUCCCGGGAAAGAUUCCGGGUUGUUUGCGCUUUUAAAAUGUCCAACUUUGAUGUCUUCGACAAUUUAAACAGCUAUUUAGACAAAACCGACGAUUACGACGUAUCGGAUGACGCCGAACUGGGGGUCAGUUUUGAUGAGGCGGAAAUGCAGCUUCCGGUGGCCACCAAGGGAAAACGCGGUACCAAAAAGGACAAAGAACCCAAGCUGAUUUCGCCGAAAAAGAAGCGCGACAAGCCGACCUCGCAAACGUCGCUGCAUUCCGCAAUGUCCCAGGAGGAGGAGGAGGAAGAGGAUGAACUCGAGUCCGGUUCCGGAUCGCAGUCUUCGAUCGCUUCAAGGAAAAGAGGAAUGCCAACGGCCGCCGUGGUUGAGAUUGAGGAUGACGGGUUGGAACAGCAAAUCGCGGCAAUUAAAAAGCAAUACGACAUCAUCUUCAACCAGAACAAGUCCUUUGCCGAUUCCAAUAAAAAGUUCUUUUCCGGGUUGAAACGGCGCUACACGACGCUGUCCAAGCAGUUUCACAGCAAGUCGCGGAGCAAAACGUUCCCGGAGAAGCUGCAAGUGCUGCGGGAUGAAAUGUUCGACAUUUGCGUCAAUUCGAAUUUGUUUGCGCCGCAGGUUCCGGCUGUUCCAGCGGCACCGCCACCCGUCGUCAAUUCGCAGCUGCCAGCCACGAGAUCUGGGACGAGGCGAAGUUUGAGACGGCAGGAGCCGGAACUGAUCAAUCUGGUCGACAGUCCGGCGUUGAUUCUUCCCGGAGUGGUAAACUUGGACUCGGACGAUGAUGCGGACUGCGUGAUGGCCGUCAAGGAAGCGGACCAGUCGUUUGACUCGGAAAACUACGAACUUUCGCUCAAGAUCAAGUGGGAGGGUAAGAUCGAGCGGUUCGCCCACCGGAAGCACCAGAAGUUUGCGGAUCUAAUUGAGCAGCUGGCGAAACGAGCUGGUUCCGAUGCAAGUCACGUGGUGCUGGACAUCAACGAGCGGAUCAUUAACCCGGAAGACACGCCCGACUCGAUCAACUAUCGGAUAUCGCAGUUUAUCUCGGGUCGCGUAAUGCAGGGCAAACUCGCCGACUUGUUUGUAGGAAAUCGUCCCAACGUGACAAAACCAGUGGCGAACAAAAACUUGAUCAAGCUGAAGGUCCAAUCCGACCGUUGGAAACAUCCACUCGAGGUUCAAAUCGAAAAGGAUCGCAAAAUGAAGCUGGUGGUGAUAAAGUGCGCCGAGCAGCUCAAGUGCGCUCCCGGCGAGAUCAAGCUGAGCUUCGACGGCGAUCCGGUGGAGCUCGAUUCGACGCCAAUCGAUCUGGACCUGGAAGGAGGUGAAAUUCUGGAUCUACGCUUCGUCAAGUGAAACCACUUCCAUCCACUCCACUGCAAGACUGUUUCCGUUAUUUAUUGUUAUUGCGCAUUCCUGUGUGAGCGAGACUUAUUUUUAAACAUUUCAUACACGUUUCAUCUGAAAGUA